GAGAGCGAGCUGCGCGUCAGGGAAGAAGGUCGACUCGCGCCGUUCGGCUGUCUCCGCCCCCUCCCGAGCAGCCAAUCGCGGAUGAUGCGCCGGGGGCACGCACGCUCCUUCGAGUUUUAACGGUCGCGAGAGGCCAGUCGCCCUGCUCUGACUGCUGUGGAAGCGGCGGUCAGACUGUCUUGGAAGUUUAGGAAAUUUUACAGUUUUGAAUGUUAGCAACUGAAAAUGCUGGUAGACGACGAAGCAUCUGAAGAUGACUCGGAUUCAGUUUCCUCAAACAGUAAAAGAACCUGUAUUUUCAAAUAAGAGAGUGUAACAAUUUCUGUACACUAUGGAAGAUUUUGACUUGGUGAAAACCUUACAAAAAACUUCAUCUUCUGUAGAAUCUGAUAUCAAAAAUUCUCCCCAUUCUCAUGGACUGAGCUUAAAUACUAAUAGAAGUAGUCCCCGCCUUAGUACAAAUGGGGUGUCCUCUUUCUCAGGGAAGACCAGGCUGCCUGCCAUCCAGGGCACAGUGGAGCUUCUAGCUUCUUUCAUGCAAGAGCUACAGAACGGUGGGAAGACUGAUUCAGAGCGCUGGAAAAACUGUGAGGCCAGGUGGUUACAGUUGUUCAAUUUGGUGGAAAAACAAUGCCAAGAACAGAUAAUUGCGCAGCAGGAACAGUUCCACAACCAAAUUCAACGUAUACAGGAGGAGAUAAAAAAUCUAAUCAAAUUACAGAUCAAUAAUUCUUCAUGGGCUUCCUGUGAUAUAAGGUCUUCUAGCAAACACGUGUCUUCAGAAAGUCAAAUGGGUUUUUUUUCUGAAAACAGUGAAAGAAAUGAAUCUGUCACUAGUUAUCCUGAGUCCAAGGAACCCAAGAUGCAGCACGGAGGGGACGCAUCAAAACCAGACUGCAAUGUGGAUGGCAGUUCUGUGAGCAGUGGCUAUGGCACUUUCUGUGUCUCAGAGUUGAACACCUCCAAGCCUAAAGGCUCCGCAGCGCCCGUGGACCUUCAUGCAGGCCUUUCUAAGGGGCAGGAUGCAGGGUCUGGGGUCCAGGUGGAUUCCCCUGAAGAUGGCCUAGGAAAUGGGAGUUUUUAUAUGCAUACUCCUGAAGAAUUUUGUACAUCUUUGCAAGAACAUAAUAACACUUUUCCUGGCAAAUUUGAACAUAAUUUUCUCGGUGAAAAUAAGAUUUCUGAAGUGUAUAGUGGAAAAGCAAAUAGUAAUAAAUCUGUCACAACGUGGGCACAAAAACUGAAGCAGAACCAACCAAAGAGAGCACAUGCAGAAGGUGGAUGUUCACGUCCUAAGCCAGAGAGUGAGCGGAGCAGGAAGCCUGCGGAGCACUCUGAUUUUGCUGCUGCUGGACAUCCUCAUACUUUUUACCUCUGUAAACCAGAUGAAAGUCCAGAUUCGUGGCUGUCUGAUUCAGGAACAGGACUCACGUAUUGGAAACUGGAGGAGAAGGACAUGUAUCACUCUUUGCCUGAAACUUUGGAGAAAUCACCUAUACCGUUGCCUUCUGCAGCUAGGUCACCAAGUCAGGUACUGACUCUGGAUCCAACAGUACACACGAAGCCAAAUCAGCAGAUUUCAGGGACUCAGCCACAUGGCUUUCUGAAUGCUCUUGACGACAGAAUACCCAUCUCACCAGACUCAGUCCUGGAACCAAGUAUGUCGAGUCACUCUGACAUCGACUCCUUUUCACAAGCAAGUCAUGUCACUUCUCAAUUGUCCGAGUUCCCAAAAUAUCCUUCAAAUACAAAAGCUUCAGCAGUGGACUCUUGGAAGAACCAUGCAUUCCAAAGCGAGAGUAGGGGCAGUUCCCCCUUUCCUUCCGUGUACACUCUCACUAGCAACGACGUCUCGGUCUGCACUGUAGGUGAAGAAAACACUGUUGCGGCAGCUUCAACCUCGGUCAGUCAGUCCCAGCUUCCAGGUACAGCCAACAGUGUCCCAGAAUGCAUUUCAUUGACUUCUCUGGAAGAUCCUGUGAUAUUGUCUAAGAUUAGGCAGAACCUGAAGGAGAAGCAUGCUCGACACAUAGCAGAUCUUCGCGCUUAUUAUGAAUCUGAAAUAAAUAGUUUGAAACAGAAGCUGGAGGCAAAAGAAGCUUCUGCAGUUGAAGAGUGGAAGAAAACCAAUCAAAUUCUUAUAGAUAGAUGUGACCAGCUAGAUAGUGCUUUGACUGAAGCUACUGGUCAUGUGAGGACAUUGGAAAAUAAGAACAACUUACUGGAAGUAGAAGUGAAUGAUUUGAGAGAACGCUUCAAUGCAGCCAGCAGUACCUCCAAAAUUUUGCAGGAACGAAUUGAAGAAAUGAGAACAAGCAAUAAAGAAAAAGAUAAUACCAUCAUUCGACUAAAAUCUAGACUGCACGAUUUAGAAGCAGCUUUUGAGAAUGCGUACAAACUCUCCGAUGAUAAAGAAGCUCGGCUAAAACAAGAAAGCAAAAUGUUUCACGAUCUCUUAGGAGAGUACGAGUCCCUGGGGAAAGAACACGGACGAGUAAAGGAUGCACUAAAUGCAACUGAAAACAAAUUGCUUGAUGCACAUACUCAGAUUUCUGACUUGAAAAGAACAAUUUCGAAGCUUGAAGCUCAAGUGAAGCAAGUGGAGCGUGAAAGUGUGUUAAGUGUGCGUCAGAGCCCUAAGACCCCCGUGAGACCCUCGCAUGCCAGCACGCUGGCAACCUCAGACGUCAGCAGGCGGAAGUGGCUGAUCCCAGGCGCAGAGUAUUCUAUCUUCACCGGCCAGCCACUGGCUGCCCAGGACAAAAAGGUGGAGGACCCUUGGGAGGGGACCAGUGGUCCUGGGUGCCAUUCUCCUCUGGAAAAGGAUUUUUCCCCUGGAAGUUCACCAAAAAGCUUAUCGAUUAAAAAACAAAGAGAGACCUCAGAUAUACCAGUCACGAAAGCUUUAAAAGAACUUGAUGAAGAAAAAAUAUUUAAAAAUUGGGGGACACAGACAGAGAAAGAGGAUGCCUCAAGAAAAUUAGUGAAUCCUCGGCAAACUGAAUCUUCAGUCAAUACAAGUUGUUCCCCAGAGAAAUGGGCCCCGCAGAGACAAAAGAGACAGAAUUCUGCCUCCCAGAGAUCAUCAUCUUUGCCGCCUUCAAAUCGCAAAGCCAGCGUUCCAUCAAAAAGAGAGAUUAUGUUAACACCUGUGACAAUGGCUUACAGCCCAAAGCGAUCCCCGAAAGAAAAUUUGUCCCCAGGAUUUAGUCAUCUACUUAGCAAAAAUGAAAACAGUGUAACUCGAUGUGAUAUACUUUUGGAUGAUUUAGAUACCGUCCCUGUGUCCACAUUGCAACGACCCAGUCCAAGAAAGCAGCUCCAGUUUAUUCCUCUAGACGACUCAGAAGAAAAAAGUGUUUCAGAAAAGACCAUCGACAGCUGUGCUAGUCGUAGCUCCCACCCUGAUCCCUUGCCGAGUGGAGUGAAGACAGUUUCUAUGCGACCAGCCUUGGAGAAGAAUAAAUCAGUUAGCUAUGAGCAGUGUAAGCCUGUUUCAGUAACACCGCAGGGUAAUGAUUUCGAAUAUACAGCAAAAAUUAGGACCCUAGCUGAAACGGAGCGAUUUUUUGAUGAACUUACAAAGGAAAAAGACCAGAUUGAGGCAGCCCUAAACCGAAUGCCAACUCCUGGAGGAAGAAUCACUCUGCAGACGAGACUGAACCAGGAAGCCUUGGAAGACCGUUUGGAAAGGAUCAAUCGAGAACUGGGUUCAGUUCGCAUGACACUGAAGAAGUUUCAUGUGCUGCGCACCUCUGCAAAUCUUUGAGAUUUGUGGCCAUUAAAUUUGGAACAUUUUUGUUUGCACUAAUGUAUAAUUAUGCACUCAGAAAAGAAAGUCGAAUAUUUUGUACUGUUUAUAAGCCUCGAGACAGUAGUUUUACAAUCAUGCUAUUCUUACACUUGCUAUUUUAUACUUCAAAUGACCACAUAUUUUCAAGAUAUUUUUGUUAUGCUCAGGAAUCUGUUGUAUAUUUUACUAUUUAAAAAGCAUUAUUUUAAAAUAGUAUAUGUCCUUACUUUAUAUCAAGAAUAACGAAAUGUAAACAGGGAAGGCAGCUUGUUUCUAAACAAAUAGUGUUAUCCUUUUACUGUAAACUUUGCACACUGGUUUUAUAAACUUGUUCUACACUGUAAAUAUAAUUAAUUUUUUUAAAAAAUAAAUGCUAAUGGCUUCCAUAAUGAGAAACUAACACAUGCUGAAUAUGAAAAGUAUAGCAUAUAUUAGAUUUCAAUUGUGUGGAUGUUUUUAAAACUGACAGUAUAGGCCCAGUGCAGUGGCAAAGGUCUAUAACCCUAGCACACAGGAGGGUUGAGAGUUUGAGGCCAGCCUGGGCUACAUACUGGGACUCUUGUCUCAAAAAAAAAAAAA